CUUGUUUGUGCAAUGGGUGAUGAGCCGAUACAAAAGGGAAUAAGCAGUUUUCAAGACUCUGACUUUGCUUCAACAGAAGCUGAGACGAGUCAGUCGAUUCCAAAGCUUAUGAGCAUGGACGUGCUGGCGCUGCAUCGUAAAGUGGAUACGAUUCUGGCACUGUUGGAGAAGUGGGAGCAGAAGAGCCUGAGUUUGCCGCUGGAGUGCCCAUUUUCAUCACCUCCAUCAGCUCCAUCAGAGGAUGUAGAUGCACCAGAUGCAGCACCCGGCCACGAGAUCCUUGUGCCAGCGAUGAAAAACAACUUGGCUCCACCUUCAACAACUCCUGCUGCAAUGGAGGUGGACGAUGGCUCGUCUGAUGGUGGCGAUCGGAAGAAGCAUAGAAGACUCAGCGCUCAACAAGUCUUGCAUCGACCCGGAAAGCGCAAAGAGGCGAAGACUUCGAAAGGCGAACCUGUUGGAGCUAGUGUUGACUUUGCCACCUGGACCGAGCAGGUUCGACAGAGAUGUAACUUUGACGCCGGCGCCAUCAGCCGGGGACUGGUGCGUCAAGGGUCGAAGGAUCUGACUGAGAGGUCGCAGGUGCCCAGCAUUCAGCAGAUGAACGGUGCCUUUCUUCAGGCUGUGACAAUGUCCAAAGCUGAGCGUCACGCGCACUUCAAUGAGGUCGAGGAGCACAUUGAUUUGGAGAUGGAGCGCUUGGGCCGAAGAUCCUCAGAGGAAGUGGAUGAGAGUAAGCCGAUCUUUCCAGGGUUGGUCCCUCAAGAUCCUUCUGAUCAAAUGAUCACAUCACCUUCGUCGCAGCAAAAUAAGGAGAAGGUAGUGACGCUGGUAAGUCUAUCGAACAAAUCUCAAGCUGCUAUUUUGGUGGGAAAGUCCCCUGAGACGCAAGUUGCCAUCGAAGCGGGCCAGCCAGAUCCUGGUUCGAAGUUCCUAUUAUCAUCUGUAGGUAGGCUGUUUUGGCUGAUUGGACCACUGUCCGUGUUUGCAAGCGGGGGCUGCAUCGCGGUGAAUGGGGUCAUCGCUGGGGCCGACUUCCGCUUGGGCCCAGCCAUAGCACAACUCAUUUACGGUCUUGCAGCACCCUCUGGGGUGAUCCUCCUCAGGAUGGCUCUUCAGAGUGAUGAUAUGAAUCUGGCCUUGGACAAGAUGCAACAUUUUGUUGCUGACUUCCUAGUGGAAUGGAAAAAGAUCUCUGGAACAGAGGGGCGCAUCUACGUUGUUGCCUGGGUUGUGAUGAUGUUGUGCUUUGCAACCAGCAGCGGUAUUGAUAUGUGGCACAACGGUGUUUCCGCUGAUGAUUCACUGAAGGCCAUCCAAUUCACGGUGAAUGGAGCAGCGGUGCUGAUUUUUGGCUUUGCCAGCUUCUUGGUGACCCUGGUUGCGUACGUGCAAUCUCAUAUCCUUCUGGGCUUAGAUAGAAGCCUGGACUGUUGGUGCUGCAGCAUCCUAAAUGAUUCAGACUUUGCUCUUGGGGUGGACAGCUGGAAUUGUUUGCAAGCCUUGUUGAAGUGCAUCGGGCGUGGAAUUGCGAGUAGCUUCCUUGCCUCGCAAGCCUGUGGAGCCAUUGGACUCAUCUACGUCCUGGCCAGUGCGGUCACCGCGAGUUUUCAGCUUGGCUUGAAGCCGGAAGUGCUGAUCCUGGAAGGGGUCAAUGCCCUUCCUCUGUUGGUCUUCUUCUUGUUGAACCUCAGAGUAUGUGCUCAUGGUGCGAACUUGACCGAGAAGUGCAGAGUCAUUCCUGCCUUUGUGAAUCAGAUCCCUACCGAGGACUCGCUGGACGAAGAACGUCAAUACCUCGUGCGAUACGUCACGGACAGCUCAGCAGGGUUUUUUGUAAAGGAAGUGAAGCUGACCCGUGAGAUGUUCUUAAAGAACUUCGUAGCCGCAGGUGGUUUGAUGACAGGCGCAGUGGGAGUCUUGUCUCGCAUCUACUGAGACAUGACAUCGGCCAUCACUGGAAGCCCGGUAAGCUGCUG